ACACAGAACAUGCUCUACAUGUGACUGGAACAGAAACAGGCACGAUGUGGAUUACUUUUGUUCUCCUCACACUCUGCUUUUCUUUGACCCAGACCACAACAAUUUCCUGUUUAUUGGUUAUCCAUGAGUGUCAGAAAACAGAUCCGGCUCGUUGGACCAGUUGUUAUGAGGACAGAAUUGCAACUUGCCGACGGCCACGCGGGUCUCCUUCCUCUGACUUCAAACAUGAACGUGUGAAUUCAUCACAGGAGGCUGAAAUAACUAUGAAGCAUAAAUACACGGUUCGAGUCCCGUCCUUGGCUCUUCGGAGAAGCAGACAUCAGGAAUCGGAGGAGGAAGUCCUGCUGGUGGCCUCAGUGAUCAACAGCACAUAUUUUAAGCCACAGACACGGCAAGGUAGAUUUACAAUUCCUCAGCGCCAGGCCCCCCUGCAGGGAGAGGUUUUAGGGAGGGAAGUCCUGUUUGUGAAGGCAGGAUCCAAACCAGUCAAAAACCUCACCCAACUCAUCGAGUUAAGGUUCAAGCACAGUAAAACGGCCAUGAACACAACGUGUGUGUUUUGGGAGGAGUAUCUAAAUAAAUCAGGCUGGAGCACAAGUGGUUGUCAAACAAAUAAUAAUGGACAGGAGGUUAUUUGUAGCUGCAAUCAUCUCAGCUUCUUUGCUGUGCUUGUGAACCCAAACCUAAAGGUGGAUGAAAGUAARGAGGAGAGGCUGAGUUACAUUACCUAUGUCGGAUCUGGACUCUCAGCACUGUUUUCCUUUAUCAGUUUGUUCAUCUAUGUUGGUCUGCAUCGGCGACGUCCUGAGAAGGCCAUCAGCAUGCACAUGCAGCURACGGUGGCCGUGUUCUGUCUCCACCUGGGUUUCCUGGCCUGCAGUUUUUGGGUUCUGCUGCCAAGCGGGAAUGGGAACACCUGGGUUUGUCGUGGCCUGGGUCUGUUUUUACACUGGUCUCUAGUGGCCACCUUCACCUGGGUAGCUCUGGAAGGAUUCCAUCUAUACCUUCUCCUCGUCCGAGUCUUUAACAUUUAUGUGCGAAGAUACGUGCUCAAGCUCAGCAUUGUGGGAUGGGGUCUUCCUACGCUGGUUGCCAUGAUUUGUGGGGUUUCAGGUGCCUAUGGGAAAUAUAUUCUGGAACUGAAGAAUUCCAAAAACCAGACGUCAACAUCAGAAAUAUGCUGGUUGAGGAGCGAUUUCUCACAGAGAGAAUUGGUCCUCUACAUGACACUAGGCUUCCUCUGUCUCGUGGUGCUGUAUAACAGCUGCAUGCUGGGGCUGGUGGUGUUUAAGCUCUGGGGGUUAAGAGGUGAUACAGGAGGCUAUGAAAGCAGCAGCGACUGGAAGAAGAUGAAAAAAGAGAGAGGGCCCAGGUUAUGGAAGGACUGUGCCACAGUCCUGGGCCUGAGCUGUGUGCUGGGCAUACCCUGGGGAUUAGCUACCGCCACGUACGCUACCUUACCUGGGAUCUACCUGUUCACAAUACUGAACUCACUGCAAGGUUUAUUCUUGUUUCUGUGGUCUGUGGCUUUGUCCUGCAAGUCUCGAGCUGAACAAAACGUAUCGUUCAGAGAUCCUUCAUCCCAGAAAAUGACAACAACCAGUUUUUAACAACUGAUAUCUGUAAGAAAGAUWAAUAUAUGUUGCCUAUAUUAGGUAUUGGCUGACAUCUGAACUGGAUUUGUUUGCUUUUAAGCAAAGCCAGAAAUCUGAUCGCUGCUUGCUGAUUUCUUUUCCUUAAAAUUUUCUAUUUAAAAAAAAUCACACAUCAGAAAUAGUAUCUCCUCCUUAAAUAUUUAUUGUUUGUAUGGUAAUGAUUUUUAUAAAUUAAGCAGUAUUCAUGUUUUAUUUCUAUGGGAUUCAACAAUAAAAAGUUGUUUUAAACACUGAUGUGUCACAUCUUAAGUUUUUACACUGUAAGACUGUGAUGAUUGUGUAAAAUAAUGUUGAAAUAUGAACUUUAUAUAAUACACGGUGAAGUAUCUGCUCUCAUCUGACAAUAGGUGUAAAUUAUUCAGUCAAGUGUGUUUAAAAAAGUUUUACUUUGAUUGUUAUUUGUCAAACACAGAGCUCUUCACUCUUU